AACCGCCGACUGGGCAAUGUCCGCGGCGUAUGCGUGCCGCGGUCGCCGCCCGGGCGCCGGGCCCGCCUGUCCGCCCCCGGGACCAGCCGCCUGUCUUCCGCGGCCCGCGAGGAGCUUCGGCGCCGCCUGCUGGGCCUCAUCGAGGGCCACCGAGUGGUCAUCUUCAGCAAGAGCUACUGUCCGCACAGUGCGCGGGUUAAGGAACUCUUUUCUUCCCUGGGAGUUGACUGUAAUAUCUUGGAACUUGAUCAAGUUAAUGAUGGGGCCAGUGUUCAAGAGGUGCUGUUGGAGAUCACUAAUCAGAGGACCGUGCCCAAUAUCUCUGUGAAUAAAGUGCACGUGGGCGGAUGUGACCGAGCUUUCCAGGCACAUCAGAGUGGUUUAUUACAGAAGCUCCUUCAGGAAGAUCCAGCAUAUGAUUACGACCUCAUUGUCAUUGGUGGUGGCUCUGGCGGCCUUUCGUGUGCUCAGGAAGCUGCUGCUUUGCGGGGGAGAGUCAUGGUGCUGGACCUCGUGGUCCCAUCGCCCCAGGGCACAUCGUGGGGUCUUGGUGGCACUUGUGUGAAUGUCGGCUGCAUCGCAAAGAAGUUGAUGCACGAAGCCGCCCUUUUGGGCCAGGCGCUCACUGACUCAGGGAAGUUUGGCUGGGAGUACAAUCAGCAAGUGAGGCACAGCUGGGAGACCAUGACCCGAGCCAUUCGGAAGCGCAUCGGCUCUCUGAACUGGAGCUACCAGAGGGCUCCGAGGGAGAGGGCCGUGGCCUACGUCAGCUCCUACGGGGAAUUUGUUGAACACCAUAAAAUCAAGGCAACCAAUGGAAAAGGACAGGAAACGUAUUAUACUGCAGCAAAAUUUGUCAUAGCAACAGGGGAAAGGCUGCGCUAUCUGGGAAUCCAAGGAGAUAAAGAAUACUGUAUUACUAGCGAUGACCUCUUCUCUCUGCCCUACUGCCCGGGCGCGACCCUGGUGGUGGGCGCAUCCUCCGUGGCGCUGGAGUGCGCAGGCUUCCUGGCCGGCCUGGGCCUGGAGGUCACGGUCAUGGUGCGCUCGCAGCUCCUGCGGGGCUUCGACCAGGAGAUGGCCGAGAAGGUGGCUUCCUCCAUGCAGCAGCUCGGCGUCCGAUUCCUGCGCAAGUUUGUGCCCGUGGAGCAGUUGGAGAAGGGGUCACCUGGGAAGCUGAAGGUAGUGGCUAAAUCUACGGAAGGAACAGAGAUGAUUGAGGGCCUUUACAACACGGUUUUGUUAGCAAUUGGUCGUGACUCCUGUACGAAGAAAAUCGGGCUGGAGAAGAUUGGUGUCACAGUCAAUGAGAAGACUGGCAAAAUCCCAGUGAACGACGUGGAGCAGAGCAGUGUGCCCUAUGUCUACGCCGUCGGAGACGUCGUGGGGGGUAAGCCUGAGCUCACGCCCGUCACCGUGCAGGCGGGCAGGCUGCUGGCUCGAAGGCUUUUUGGGGGCCGUUUAGAAAAGUGUGACUAUAUCAAUGCCCCCACCGUGGUGCUCACGCCCCUGGAGUACGGCGGGUACGCGGAGAAAGCUGUGGAAGUGUACCGGAAGGAGAACCUGGAAGUCUACCACACUUUGUUCUGGCCUCUCGAGUGGACAGUGGCCUGCAGAGACAGCAACACCUGUUACGCAAAGAUUAUCUGCAGUAAAUUCGACAAUGGUCGGGUAAUAGGAUCUCUCGUCCUUGGACCGAAGGCCGGUGAGGUCACCCAAGGAUUUGCAGCCGCCAUGAAAUGUGGGCUCACAAAGCAGCUGCUGGACGACACCAUUGGGAUCCACCCCACGUGUGCACAGGUGUUCACCACCUUGGAGAUCACGAAGUCAUCGGGGCUGGACAUCACGCAGCAGGGCCGCUGA